UCGGUAUUGAUUUCAAAUUCAAAAUGGGAUUGUUUUAAGUUAUACGAAGAAAAUGCGCCCAUUUGCUGGAGUACCGUACCACCGCACUCCCCACCUUGACCCCUCAUUGCAUGUAUGCUACCCUUAUAUAUAACUCUGUAACAUUUAUAUCUAUCGUCGAUAUCCUUCCUUCUGGCUUCGAUAAUCUCCCUCAUAUAUUCAAUUCGUCUACUUUGUGUGUUAAUUUUGACGAUCCUGCUUCAGACACUCCAAUCCAACCUCACACAAAUCGCAGCCAUGACCCAAAUCGUUCGCCAUCCGGUUGCAACCGGUGCUGCCAAAAUUCUUGCGGACAAACGUGCGGCUGAGCAGCCCUUGAAGCUAUACGCUGGCUGGUUUUGCCCAUAUGUCCAACGCACCUGGCUCGCCCUCGAAGAGAAGAAGAUCCCAUACCAAUACAUCGAAAUAAACCCAUACGACAAAUCCCCCUCCUUGCUCGCUUUGAACCCAAAGGGCCUCGUCCCAACCAUCGCCGCCCCCCUCCCCAACAACCAGGGCACAAAACCUCUCUACGAAUCCAACAUCAUCAACGAAUACCUCGAAGAGGCCUACCCAGACCACACCCCACAUCUCCUACCCAAGGACCCAUUCGAGCGCGCCCGCGCCCGCAUCUGGAUCGACUUCGUCGGCGCCCGCAUCACGCCCUCCCAACGCAAGAUCCAGUAUGCGAAGAACCAGGAGGAGCGGGACGCAGCGCGCGCAGAGUUCCUCAAAGCCAUUAAGGAAUUUACCAGCGCGAUGGAUCCCGAGGGCCCCUAUUUCCUUGGCAAGGAGAUUGGGUUGCCGGAUAUUGCGCUGGCGCCGUGGGUGGCUAGGUUCUUUUUGAUUGAGAAGUUCAUUGAGGGUGGGACUGGGAUUCCUGCGGAGGGGAAGGCGGGGGAGGAUGAGAGCGUUUGGGCUCGGUGGUGGAAGUGGGAGAAAGCGCUUAGGGAGAGGGAUAGUUUUAAGAAUACGAUGAGUGAGAAGGUGUAUUAUGAGAAUUUGGCGACGCAGGACUGGGCCCGGUGAAUUUUUUUCCCCCUCUUUUUUGCUUCUUCGUCGCUUUUUCUCUGGAAAUAAAAUUUGUUGAGGAAAGUUAUGUUAAUAGUUUUUUUCUCCCCCUUUAUCGUGUUUGUUUGACUCUAGGACGGCCGGUUUCACUACUUCUCGCAUUUGAUUCAACAUGCUGGUUUCCGUGAGAUAUGAGAGACCAGGCAUAAACUAACACUCACGGGGAGAGGUUGUUUGUGUAUAUAGUGACGGGAGUGAAAGGACGAGUUCGUAUCCAAAUUUACUACCUAUUACUAUCCCACUGGACGCAAUUUUCAGAACGGGAAUGAAAAUGUUCUCUGGAGUAUAACCAAGUAACCAGAACAACAGAUGAAAGAAACACAGCCGGGAUUCAACCUCGGGAGUUCAACAACUUACCCUAGGUACAGUAGUUAAUUGCUCGAUCUGUAAUAAAUGGUAGGGUGGGAAAUAAAAUGAUAAAUGUAGCUACGAGCUCUGGAAACUGUUACGCCACCUAGAAACGGGCAUUCACCCGAUAUGUUUAAUAGUUACAGUAAUUUUUUAGGAGAAGAGAAAUGGAAGACAGUAAGGAGCUAUACGCCAAUCCGCGAUUCGCCCCUUGUUAAUAUUUUUAAAGCAUAACAAUGAAGAAUUACAAUAUACCUUGUUGGAAGAACUUAGUGCGCCGCUGGCAUUCGUC